UACCGGUGCGAGCCGAGCCCCGGUGUCCGCGCCCCGGUCCCUUUCCGUGCCGCCGCCGCCGCCGCCGCCGCCGCCGCGAUGCCGCUGGAGAACCUGGAGGAGGAGGGUCUGCCCAAGAACCCCGACCUGCGCAUCGCGCAGCUGCGCUUCCUGCUCAGCCUGCCGGAGCACCGCGGGGACGCGGCGGUGCGCGAGGAGCUGAUGGCGGCCGUCCGUGACAACAACAUGGCCCCUUACUACGAAGCCUUGUGCAAGUCCCUCGACUGGCAGAUGGACACCGACCUACUCACCAAGAUGAAGAAGGCAAACGAAGAGGAGCUGAAGCGGCUGGACGAGGAGCUGGAAGACGCCGAGAAGAAUCUGGGCGAGAGUGAAAUUCGAGACGCCAUGAUGGCGAAAGCGGAGUACCUCUGUCGGAUAGGUGACAAGGAGGGAGCUCUGACAGCUUUUCGCAAGACCUAUGACAAAACUGUGGCCCUGGGUCACCGGCUGGAUAUUGUAUUCUAUCUCCUUAGGAUCGGUCUCUUUUAUAUGGAUAAUGAUCUCAUCACACGAAACACUGAAAAGGCAAAAAGCCUCAUUGAAGAAGGAGGAGACUGGGACAGGAGAAACCGUUUAAAAGUGUAUCAGGGUCUUUAUUGUGUGGCUAUUCGAGACUUCAAGCAGGCAGCCGAACUCUUUCUGGAUACUGUGUCAACGUUUACAUCCUAUGAACUCAUGGACUACAAAACCUUUGUGACUUACACUGUUUAUGUCAGCAUGAUUGCCUUAGAAAGACCAGAUCUCAGGGAGAAGGUCAUUAAAGGAGCAGAGAUUCUUGAGGUGUUGCACAGUCUUCCAGCGGUGCGGCAGUAUCUGUUUUCUCUCUAUGAAUGUCGUUACUCCGUUUUCUUCCAGUCCUUAGCCGUUGUGGAACAGGAGAUGAAAAAAGACUGGCUUUUUGCUCCUCAUUACCGAUACUAUGUAAGAGAAAUGAGAAUUCAUGCAUACAGCCAGCUGCUGGAGUCAUAUAGGUCAUUAACCCUAGGCUAUAUGGCAGAAGCCUUUGGUGUUGGUGUGGAAUUCAUUGAUCAGGAGCUGUCCCGAUUCAUUGCUGCUGGGAGACUACACUGCAAGAUAGAUAAAGUGAAUGAAAUAGUGGAGACAAACAGACCUGAUAGCAAGAACUGGCAGUACCAAGAAACUAUCAAGAAAGGAGACCUGCUUCUAAAUAGAGUUCAGAAACUUUCCAGAGUAAUUAAUAUGUAAAACCAUUUAAUAGAGGAUUUCCUUCACAGAUAAUUAAUUUGGAUUUUUAUAGUUUACUUUGUGCCCAGUGCAACUGUAAAAAAUAAAUACUUCAUUAUUGUUUCCUUCAA